AUCUAAGGCGUCAAUAACGUUAGAGUUUAGGCGGGCGGCAGUAUCGGUACGGUUUCCGAACGAUUCAUUGUACUCUUACUCUACUUGUAAUUAAAUAAUAAAUAUUGUGUUAAUUUUUUAAAAUAUAAAAUAAAAAAAGUAAAAUCAAGUAAAAAAAAUGGGCGCCGAAGAUCCCAACAUGUUAGUUGCGGUUGAAUUUGAAGUUUUCGGACAGGUUCAAGGUUGUUACUUCACAAAGUACUGCAAGGAGUUAGCUGAACAGCUCCAGAUCUGUGGAUGGGUGAAAAAUACUAAAAAUGGAACAAUAGUCGGAAAAGUACAAGGGACGAAGGCGAACUUGGAUCAUAUGAUCGACUGGCUCAGUACAAAGGGAUCUCCUGGCUGUAAAAUAGAAAAGUGUGACCUCAGAAAUUGGCAGUAUUUGUCGCGACUCGACUAUAAUAACUUUGGCAUACGUUUUUAAUUUUAAUUGUAAAUGUUAUAAAAUAA